AAAAAUUAAAAACUCGUCCCAAAAUAGUUUCAGAAGCGGUUAUACCUCGGACCUCAGAUGCAAGCACAAACAAGAAACGCAGUCACCUAUUGCGCCUCCGAAGAAUUUCACGGCGAGGUCACACACUCUCUCUAAAGUAUUUACCGUUAAUUUAGUCUUGUUGAUCAAUGGACCAGAGGAUUGAUCAUGAGAAAAGAUUGCACACUGUAUCAGAUUAUUCUGGAAAUGAAGGGAUGAAAAGAAGGAACCAAAAUGAUGAAAAAGAACCAAAUGGCAUUGGACCAGAUGAUACAGUUUACCGUUAUUUGUGUCCAUUGAGAAAAAUUGGGAGCAUUAUUGGAAUUGGUGGGGAUAUUGCGAAGCAAUUGAGAGCAGAAACCCAUGCAAGGAUUAGGAUUAGUGAGACUAUCCCAGGGUGUGAUGAACGUGUAGUCACCAUUUAUAGCACAACUGAUGAAACAAAUAGUUAUGGGGAGGACCUAGUUUCACCAGCACAAGAUGCCCUUUUUCGGGUGCACGACUUGGUGGUCACUGAGGAGUCGCCUGUGAAUGGUGCAUUUGAGGAGCCUCUGCACGUCACUUUGCGUUUGCUUGUGCCUUCUGAUCAGAUAGGUUGUGUGAUUGGGAAAGGAGGACAAAUAAUUCAGAACAUACGCAGUGAAACUGGUACUCAGAUCAGAAUUUUGGGUAGUGAACAUUUGCCACCUUGUGCUCUGAGUUCUGAUGAACUUAUCCAGAUAACCGGGGAAGCUACUGUAGUGAAGAAAGCUCUAUACCAAGUUUCAUCUUGUCUUCAUGAUAACCCCUCAAGGUCACAGCAUUUGCUCUUGUCGACAUCCAGCAUUUAUAGAUCUGGAAUAGCAUUCAACAAUCCAAAUGUUGGUGGCCCUCUUAUGGGCAUGACUUUGUCAAUGGGUCCUUAUGUGAGUUCUUAUACUGCGAAGGAGUUCUCACUUCGUUUGAUUUGUCCAACUGAAAAUAUAGGAGCUGUGAUUGGAAAAGGCGGUGUUAUUAUUAAACAAAUAAGACAGGAAUCAGGGGCAUUCAUUAAAGUUGAUAGCUCUGGUGCUGAAGGAGAUGAUUGUGUUAUAUCCAUAUCAGCAAAGGAGAAAUUUGAUGCUCCUUCGCGGACUAUCGAUGCAACAAUGCGGUUGCAACCACGGUGCAGUGAGAGAAUAGAGAGAGAGUCAGGUGAUCCUGUUCUCACCACUCGUCUUCUUGUACCAAGCUCUAGAAUUGGAUGUCUUAUUGGUAAAGGUGGGGCUAUCGUGAAAGAGAUGAGAAAUACUACACGAGCUAAUAUCCGGAUUCUUUCUGACGAACAUGUUCCCAAAGUUGCAUCUGAAGACGAUGAGAUGGUCCAGAUUACUGGAGACCCGAAUGCGGCUAGAGCUGCCUUACUACAAGUAUUGAUACGCUUGAGGGCAAAUGUAUUUGAGACUCAGGGAACUUCAUCUGGAUUUCCUACACCUGCUCCAUAUCCUCAAGCAUCACCAGACAUGUCUGAUGGCCCGAAAUAUACGAUUCGUGAUAAUAAAUCAAGAAAUCAUGGAUAUUCAAACUACUCAGGUGGUUAUGACCCCAAAAAUUUGCCACCAGAUGAAAGUUAUGGGAGUUAUGAUGCUUCACAGAUUGUCGGUGAAAGUGGUUAUGGAGCAUAUGGUGUUUAUUCAUCUGGUCAUUCUGGUGGUUCUGGGUUAUCUAGGCAGAAUCCAGUUUCAUCUGAAAAAUCUUAUGGUUACUAGAGUUUCUGGCUGUCAAGGCAUGGAGUUCCAUUAAUACAGAUAUGGUGUGUGAUGCCUGAAGCUAGCCGAUUGCCUUUUUAAUGAUGCCUUCAGCCCAGGACCAGAAGACGGAAGACCUGCUCAACGAGACAUGAGAAAAUCUGAUCUAUUUUUGCCCUUAAAUUUCUUUCUUUCUUUUGAUAUCACAAUUGGUGUCUUGUAAUGAGAGCUGUUAUGUUGAUUAUGGUCUUGUACUAGCCUAAAGUUUUCUACUUUCAUGAAGUGAUGCAGCUUGUAGAAGUUCAAUUCCAGUGAAUUGUUGCAUAUUUGUAAAACUUUUGGACACAGUGACUAGUAUCGUUUGCUCAUUUUGUUUCA